GCCACCAGCUGCACCUGCGACCUGCCAGCCGCUGCCCACCAUGCGCUGUCUCGCCAGCCUGUCCCUGCUCCUGCUUGCCCUGGAGGCCACCCUGGCCCUGGCUCCAGCCUUCAAACUGCCAGGGCUGGUGGAAGUGUGCCCGGCCCUCACCUCGGACCUCAGCUCUUCAGAGGAGGUUCGCUGUGCUGCCAGGACGCCCUGUGAGACUGACGCCCAGUGCCAGCAGGGUGCCAAGUGCUGCCCCAGCCUUGUCUGCGGAAACACCUGCGUGUCCCCACUCAUAGUGUCUGUCCCCAAGGCUGGCCACUGCCCACGGGUGCAGGCCCUGCAGACGCUGCAGCCCUGCAUGGAGAGCAGCGAGUGCUCCAGAGACAAGCACUGCGCUGGCACCAGGAAGUGCUGCUUCAGCAGGUGUGCCAUGAAGUGCAUGGAGCCUGUGGAAGCCCCCACCAUGCAGGAGCUCCCCGAAGCCCUUGAGACCUCCAUGCCCACUGCCAGGGUGGAACUCCGAGCUGCCCCAGUUGUGUUUGGCCUGGACCAGACCCUGCAUGGAGAAAGGGGGCUGGAUCUGGACUAUCUGACUCUGGGGGCAGCAUCCAUAACUUGUGCCCUCAACAAAAAUGGAACCCAUCGGAAGGUGAGCGAGCGUCACUUCCGGCAGCGCGCCCUCACCAAUGAUGGCGUCUAG